UUUACAUGUAGGUUGACCUUUAGCCCCAUUGUUUUGACCUCUCUUAUAUCAUAUAUUCAGUAUUGUUCAUUUAAAAGCUACAUAUAUUGAAGAUUUGUGCAAGAUUUGGAUGACUUUAAAAGUGACAAACUAAACAUAAGCCGAUGGUUAAUUUUUUUCCUACUUUCACUUUGAGGGGCUAUUCCUUCUUGGCGCAUGUAGAUUUUUGGCCGGGGUUACACGUGUCAUUUUCUCGUAAACAAAUUCGUCUGCAAACGAAGAAAACCGGCCCUGUAGACUUUUAGUAUAAAUUACAUUGGUGUUGUACAGUGAAACAAAUUUUUUAAGUGAAGAUGGAUAUAGAAGGUUUAAAGGCACGUCUGGCAGAAGCAAAUCAAGAACAUCUCCUGAAGUAUUGGGAUCAACUCUCUGAUGAAGAAAAACAGCAACUCUAUGCUGAACUGAGUCAUCUAGACUUUAAAGAAAUAAAUGGAUUCUUUAAGGCAGCCAUGGAGGAUCUGAACUCAGCCUCAGAGAAACUUGAUGAUCUGCUGGAACCCUUACCUAAAGAGGUCUGGGGAGGGGUAGUUGAAACAAGUGAGGCAGAUCUCCUGCAAUAUGACAUUGAUGGUCUGACAGAGAUUGGAGAGAGUCGUGUGGCCGUCAUCCUGUUAGCGGGGGGACAAGGUACCCGGCUAGGAGUGCCCUACCCUAAAGGAAUGUACAAUGUAGGACUGCCCUCAGGGAAGACCCUGUACCAAAUACAGGCAGAGAGGCUGCUAAAGCUACAGAGGCUGGGGGAAAAAGUUACAGGAAACAGCUGUAAAAUACCAUGGUACAUCAUGACAAGUGAGCACACAAAGAAUGCCACCCUUGAUUUCUUCAAGAAGAAUAAUUACUUUGGUUUAGAGGAAGAAGAUGUUGUCCUCUUUGAACAAAACCUCCUCCCAUGCAUAGGAUUUGAUGGAAAAAUUAUUUUAGAGAAACCACACAAAGUGGCUUUAGCUCCAGAUGGUAAUGGAGGUUUGUACAGAGCACUGAAUCACAGUGGAGUCUUGAAGGACAUGGAAAAACGGGGCAUCAAGUACAUCCAUGUCUACUGUGUGGACAACAUCCUGGUCAAAAUGGCCGACCCAAUUUUUAUAGGAUUCUGUUUAAGCAAGGGAGCUACCUGUGGGGCAAAGGUUGUAGAAAAAACCUUUCCCACAGAGCCAGUAGGGGUUGUGUGUAAAGUAGAGGGAAAAUAUCAAGUAGUGGAAUACAGUGAGAUUACACAGAAAACUGCAGAAAAACGAGACUCCAAUGGUAGACUAGUGUUUAAUGCAGGCAACAUUUGUAACCAUUUCUUCACUCUGGACUUACUGAAAUUUGUGUCUGAGCCAGCACAAGAAAAACAAAUGAAGCAUCAUGUUGCCAAAAAGAAAAUUCCACAUGUUAGUGACAAAGACAGUAAAGUUACUAUUAAACCAGACACACCUAAUGGCAUUAAAAUGGAGAAAUUUGUCUUUGAUGUUUUUCACUUUGCAACUGACAGGAGUUUUGCUGUUUGGGAGGUUAUCCGAGAGGAUGAGUUCGCUCCCCUGAAGAACGCUGACACCGCUGAUAAGGACACGCCCACUACCUGUCGUCGCGCUCUAUUGAAUCUCCAUCACCGGUACUUGUUAGCCGCCGGGGCACAAUUUGUGGACAAAGAUGGGAAAGUUCUCCCCCCUAGCUCAGAAAAGGAAGAUAUCGGUGGCGGAGAUUGUAAGAGAGAGGACCAGGAUGUAGUUGUAGAGUGUGAGAUUUCACCUCUUGUGUCCUAUGCUGGAGAGGGUCUGAAGAAGUUGGUGGAGGAUAGGACCUUCUCGACUCCUGUUUACUUGGACCAGGACUACACCAUGGAGGAACCAGAGAUAGUGGAGGGGGAGUGGUAGUCUGAUGAUACAGCUGUUAUAGUCCUACUAAUAUAUUACAUGACCUUGACAUUAGUACCAAUAGUCAUGCAUUACUGUAACAACAGUUCAUUGGGAACAUACUUAAGACAUGCUGCAUUCUUUAUACUGUACCGGUAAAUUGUUUUGUUUUUUAAUAGAUUAGUGCUUUUCUUUUUUAUUUAUGUGCAAAUUAAUGGCAGCUAUUGUGCAUUAAUUAUUAUGUGGAUAACCAUCUAGUAUGAAGAAACCAAUCUUAAGUUUAUUUUCUGUGAUAAAAAUGGUUCUAUAUUUUUCUGUUUAUUUACCAAACAUUUCCUUAAAUUGCUGUUCCAGAAUAUAUGAAGGAGCCAGAGUCCUAGUAUCCUAUAUAAUUCCUGUAUCCACACAAAUAGAUGACCUUUUUUUUCUCUAAAUCUUUUCUCAUAGAACAUAAUUAUGUACCAUUCAUCACAUCAAAUGUGAAAAAUAAAAUGGAUUUAAAAUAUACCAAUAAA